AUGCCUCUCAUUUAUCCUCCACUUGACGAAUCAAGGAAGCAGAUUCGGCUUAUGAGGAUCCAUGCUGGACCGGACCCGCGAACAAUGCUGGUAUGCUCACUCGAGUCGGUAGACCUGAGUGCUGCAAAUCCGUUCUACGCUCUCUCGUAUGUCUGGGGCCCUCCGUCUCCGACUCAGUCGAUAUCGCUCAACGGCCACAUCACGCAGAUCAGGCAGAACCUGUGGCUGUUUCUACACGCGCUUAGAGCGCGCUUCUGCCAAAGGAAAACGGACACUAUCCGUGUGUGGGCUGAUUACACUUGCAUUCAACAGAGCGACCUUCGAGAGCUGAGUUACCAAGUCUCAUUCAUGGUAUACGGCUGGCUCGGAAUAGGUCAUGAGUCUGGGGACGAAGAGAUGGAUCGCAUUGAGUCCAUUCGAUUGAGCCGGCGAAAUAAUAGUUCCUGGAAUUCUAUAUCUCGGCAGUACUCAACAGCUCUUGAAGUUGUUGCAUCGAGUCCCUAUUGGACUCGUCUGUGGAUCAAACAGGAAGUCAUUCUGGCAAAGGACGUUUGGUUGUUCCAAGGCGAGAAGGCAGCGCACUGGAACGAUGUUCGUUUUGUCAGCUCUCUCGGCCGCAGCAGAGCCAACCAGCCUCAGAUAAGACGUGCGACAGGAAGCGCGGCCAGCCAUAAGCCUCAGGCGGCGUCCAUGCUAUCGUUGUUGGACUAUCGAGCGUUGCACUACAACAACCUAGAUCUUCCAGAGCUGGUUGUGAAGUUCUGCAACGCGGGAUGUCAGGACGCUAGAGACAAAAUAUAUGCCCUGCUGUCACUCACCAACCCAGAUACCCGGAGGCAGAUCGCGGUGAAUUAUCAGAAGCCUCUAUUGCAGGUAUUGCUGGACAACUUUGUCCACUGGACAGGGGAGAACAUACCCAUCGAGACAGUUGGUGAAUUUGCAAGGCCAGUCCCUCGCUACGGUUUCCAGUCGUUCUGCUCUCAUAUGGCAAAACUUCUGUCCUCUGCUGAGCUUCGUGAACUCUGCGAUUCUCCGCCAGCUCGAGAAGCCGUUACGGCGGAAGGACUCCUCGCGCUAUCUGGGCUGUCGCGGGUUGCAGAAGUUUUGCCAAUUGCAGGUUUUGACAAACACAGCAUCUGGCCCAUUUCGGAGCGAGCGCCAGAGCUUGUCGAAGGGCGAGGUUUUGUGAUACGCAUAAUCACGCAGCCAUGGCUCGGCGGUCUAUCCGCCUACAGACAGGACCGCUUCGCAUACGUCGACGCCAUUCCAGAGCCAGGGGACAUACUUGGUCAGAUUGGUACUCGGAUCUUCUUCCUCCGACAGUCAACGGGUGCUAUCUCAACGCAAGCAAACAGCCAACGACAGCCUUCUUUCAUGGUCGCCAUCGGUUCAGAACCUGGAGAGCAUCACUCUGUGACCAAAGACAUCCGCCGACUGAGCGCGCGACAAAUGCUGCAUCCAUGUUUGUGGCUAAAUCAACAGCUUCCAGAUGUGUCGUUUCGACUUGUUGAUGCUAGUCUACGGCGUGUCGCGGGGCCAAAAUAUGUGAAGGCCGGAGAGAUCGAGAUCAUGAUCCUCUGCAAUGCCGCUGCCAUGUUGACGCUACUGACGGAUGCAUGGUCGGAAGCAGGCCGUGGGAUGAGCCAUGGCCAUCGCGGAGGGACUGCUGUGGAGCAGAGGACCAAGCACGAUUCUCACAUGGACGAGAGCGAGCAUCAAGGAGGUUGGGAUGCUUGGUGCCCAUAUGAAUUUGUUCUGUCGCACAACGUUCUCAACGUGUGGCCAUGA